UGUGUUUCUGUCAGAAGAAGAGAAGGAAAAAAACGAGAAGGAGAAAAGAAGAAGGAGGAGGAGGAGGAUAAAGAAGAUAAGACUGGAUUACUACACUCUUGGACACGCACACUCACACGCACAGUCUGUGGACUAACCGGGCCUGUAGAUGUUGGAGCGGAACCAGCGGGACCAUGUGUGCGUCGUGGCCGAGCGGUGCACUGCCGCUGCCGCUGCUGCUGCUGCUGGGCACGCUGCUGUGCGCAGGUCUGGGUCAUGGCGAUGUGGACACCCGGGAGUGUCUCUACUACAACGUGAACUAUGAGAUGGAGAAGACGAACCAGAGCGGAGUGGAGCGAUGCGAGGAGGAGACGGACAAACGAUCACACUGCUACGCCUCCUGGAGGAACAACUCCGGAAGCAUCGAGCUGGUGAAGAAGGGCUGCUGGCUGGACGACUUCAACUGCUACGACCGAGUGGAGUGCGUGGCCAAGGAGGAAAGUCCACAGAUAUUCUUCUGCUGCUGUGAAGGAAACUUCUGUAACGAGAAGUUCACUCACCUGCCUGACGCCAGCGCUCCACUGAUGAAGGCACCGCCCCCUAGUGUUGGUGUGUUGAACCUGAUGAUUUACUGCCUGCUGCCUGUCACCGUGUUCUCCGUAACUCUGCUCACCGCUGUGUGGAUGUACCGCCACCGGAAACCACCGUACGGACAUGUUGACAUUAUUGAGGACCCCGGGCCUCCCCCUGCCUCCCCAUUGCUGGGUCUCAAGCCCCUGCAGUUGCUGGAGGUAAAAGCCAGGGGGCGCUUUGGGUGCGUCUGGAAGGGCCAGAUGUUGAACGAACAUGUAGCUGUGAAGAUUUUCCCCAUACAGAACAAGGAGUCAUGGGAGAACGAGGGAGAAAUUCUGAGCGCAACAGGAAUGAGACAUGAAAACAUCCUGAAGUUUGUCGCUGCUGAGAAACGAGGGAGUCACCUGGAGGCGGAGCUCUGGCUCAUCACCGAGUUCCACGAAAGGGGCUCACUGUGUGACUUCCUGAAAGGAAACAUCAUCAGCUGGAAUGAACUGUGUCAUGUGGCCGAGUCCAUGGCCAGGGGUCUGUCCUACCUUCACGAAGACGUCCCUCUCCUCAAACCUGCCAUCGCCCACAGGGACUUUAAAAGUAAGAACAUCAUGUUGAAGUUAGACUUAACCGCUGUGAUCGGAGACUUUGGACUCGCUGUUCCCUUUGAGGCAGGAAAACCACCUGGAGAGACGCAUGGACAGGUGGGCACUCGUCGUUACAUGGCUCCAGAGGUUCUAGAAGGAGCCAUAAACUUCCAGCGUGAUGCUUUUCUGAGAAUCGACAUGUACGCACUGGGUCUGGUUCUGUGGGAGCUGGUGUCGCGCUGCAAAGCUGCAGAUGGUCCGGUGUGUGAGUACCUGCUGCCCUUUGAAGACGAGGUCGGUCACCAUCCGUCCCUGGAGGACCUGCAGGAGGUCGUUGUCCAUAAGAAGAUGAGGCCGCUCUUCAAAGACGUGUGGCUCAAACACUGCGGUCUGGCUCAGGUGUGCGAAACAGCAGAGGAAUGCUGGGAUCACGACGCUGAAGCUCGUCUGUCAGCAGGCUGUGUCGAGGAGAGGAUCUCUCAGAUCCGCCGCCUCCCCGCCACCAUCACUAACAGCACCGCGGCGGCCCCGCCUACCUCUGACCAGCGCACUCUGCUGGUGACCAACUUGGACCUGCAGCCCAAAGAGUCCAGUUUAUGAAAACACAUCCGAAAAAACUUAAUUUUUUAAUUUUUAAUGUUUUUUUUUUUUUUGCAACACUACAAUAAUACACACGCUCAUACACACACAAGCUUUUCUCAGUGGAAAUUAAAGCAGCUGCUAUUUAAAUUUGGGAUUUUUAUUUUCAUUUUUUUGGGCAAAUAACCAGCGCAUACGUGCACACACACACACACACCCACACACACACACUGAAACACACAGAUGAUAACACACAGAUGAUCAGGUCCGACUCUGAAUGCUCGACUCUGUCCAGGAACCUCAGCAAUGACUUUUCUUAUGUUUUUCUUACGUUUUUUUUUCAUAUCUGGAUCUACCUUCCUGACUUCCUGCUGCAGGUCCACCUCACACCAACUGACCACCGCCAUCAUCAACGCCGUGUUUUAUUUUCUGUCUACGAUGCUGCAGGAAACACAAUGACUGCUACAAACAACAGCAGAAGUUUCAAACCCUCACCUUUUUUUCUACUCCAACUUUCCUUUUUUUUCCCCCAUCCACUGGCAACCACACUUUUCUGCUCAUACUUCGGACUCAACGGGUUGCAUCAGACACACACAGCAAACAUGGAGUUAGGUCUGAAAAAAAAAAAAGGGGGCAUGUCCUUUUUUGUGUUCAAUUGAUGAUGACGUCCGUGACGGGAACGGUCAGCAGAAACUAGAAAGUGUCGCGUUUGGAGACAGGAUUGGACGACAGAAAAGGUAAAAAGAAAAAUACUUCUCAGGAAACCAUGUCAAUAGGAAGGGGCAGAGCCAACAGCAAGAUUGGAAGAUGGGAGGAGCUUAUCUAAGGGUGCUCAAAGCCUAUUGGCUGUUCCUGAAUUUGUAAAUCUGCAACGAGUGAGUAAGUGUAUGUUUUAUUUUGGACCAAAUCCACGGUUUCUUUGGAAGCGUCCACAGAAUGGAACUUUGUCUUUGUCAGAGACGAACAUUUUUUUAAGGUUUUUAUUUUUUUAUAAUUGUGGAGUUUUUAUUUUAAGAAGUGUCUUUGUCCUUUCUGUGUUGCCAUAGUAAAAGUGAAUGUCUAAGAUGAUGCUGCUGCUGAUGAUAUUGAUGAAGAUGAUGAAUAUAUUUCUGUAUGUUUGUUACUGUUCCUGUGACCUUGGGUGCAUCAAACCCGUGUCUUUGUACCAGGGCUGUCACUUUUUUUCCAAAAAUCUGAUUUUACAAAAUAUGUUUGUCCCUGUCAAAUAUUACAAUAAGCAUUUCCUGAAAACAUGCUCGUAGUUCCCACUAAGAACAAAAUCCUUUCUGAUUACAAAAAAAAACCUUUUAGGUGAACAACAUGUGGAAUAUUGGUCUGGAGUUAAAUGUUUUACACGUGUUGAGGGAGAUAUUUGAGGUUUGGACAAAGAAGUGACCUCCCUACUCGGUACAAAGUCGGUUUAGUGUUGGCGGCGAGAAAGUUGGCAGUUAGAAACGGAGACAAACCACAAAUUGAGCUGAUGAACCACAGAAUCACCUCAAACACCGAUAUACCUCAGACUUUUCUACGUCUUCUGUUCCUAUAGUUUGUUAUGUAGCUGAUAAGUUACAGAGGAUUUUAAAGAAACGUUUUCGGUUUGUUUAUUUCAGAGAUGUGAAUGUUUUUAUUAUUCCAACAAAACUCUGCAGGUUUUCACGCGAACCUCAACAAUGUAAAUAAAGUUUUUUAUUUUUUU